CUUCUCUGCCCGCCUCCCCGCUCCUUUCCUGACGCCUGGUGGGGGAGGGGAGAGGUCCUCCAGCCUUCCAAGCCUGCCCCGCACCCCACCCCCAUCCUCCCGCCGCAGCCGCGCAACCGCUGGGCUUGGACCCGCCCGCGCCUACAGCCCUUGCGAGGGGUGUCCGCGUCCACAAUGGGAAAUGAAGCCAGUUACCCGGAGGAGAUAUGCUCCCACUUCAGCUCCGAUGAAAUUAAAAGGCUGAGCAAGAGGUUUAAGAAGCUGGACUUGGACCGUUCAGGCUCUCUGAGUGUGGAGGAGUUCGUGUCCCUGCCCGAGCUGCACCAGAACCCGUUGGUGCAGCGAGUGAUCGACGUCUUCGACACCGACGGCAAUGGAGAAGUGAACUUCAAGGAGUUCAUCCUGGGGACCUCCCAGUUCAGCGUCAGGGGGGACGAGGAGGAGAAGUUGAGGUUUGCCUUCAGCAUCUAUGACAUUGAUAAAGAUGGCUACAUUUCCAACGGGGAGCUCUUCCAGGUGCUGAAGCUGAUGGUGGGCGACAACCUGGAGGACUGGCAGUUACAGCAGUUAGUGGACAAAACCAUCAUCGUCCUGGAUCGGGAUGGAGACGGGAAAAUAUCCUUUGAGGAGUUCAGCGCUGUGGUUAGAGGCCUGGAUGUCCACAAGAAGUUGGUGGUGAUUGUGUGAGCUUUUAAGAGCUCCACCCACCAACUCUUACUUCCCUGUCUCUUUUAAGAUCUGCUCAAGGCAGCCCAGGAGCUGGGUCUCAGAUUUAUUUGGAAGUGUUUCUCUUUGUGAAGCCACAUUUUCUAACAUGAACCUCAUAACCAACUCGGUGUUGUGAAUUCUUUUUAUCUCAGUGAUUCAGGGGAACACCCAGACUGGGGGAGACCAAGAUGAAGGAGCAUGGUGGGAAAAGAAAAUCAAAAGGUCUUUCUAAACAUCUUUUUCUUUGUUUUGAUUCAGGAUCCAAACUAUAAAGUG